CCCCAGGGGCCAAGGACUCCACUUCCCCUCCUCUUCUUCACUGCCAAUUUACCUUCCCACAGCCCUUCCGCAGAGGAACUGGAGGGCCCCUCCCCUGCCAGCACCUCCCUAGGCCCUCCCACCACAGUCUCCCACCAAGCUUGGGAGUGCUCUAUAAGUAGCUCCAGACCUGUGUUUACAGUCGCAUUAGGCAGACUGGUGAGAAUCUAGGGAGUGUUUGGGCAAGUGUGGUCACCUACAACCUGCAGCCUGGAACACUGAAUCCAGCCACGCUUACUGCAUAGCCAGAAGGUACACCAUGGUGAAGGUCACUUUCAAGACACUCACAGGGGUGCAAAAGGAGGCGGCGCAGCGAGACGUGGAGGCCCUCCUGAGUCGCACAGUCAGAGCGCAGAUCCUGACCCGCAAGGCACUGCAAGCUGCUGCCCAAAGAAAGGAGUGCACCUCUGGGAGAUGUAUGCUUACUCUCUUAGGCCUUUCAUUCAUCUUGUCAGGACUUACUGUUGGUGGAGCUUGCAUUUACAAAUACUUCAUGCCCAAGAGCACCAUUUACCAUGGAGAGAUGUACUUCUUGGAUUCUGAGGACCCUGUAAAUUCCUUUCCUGAUGGAGAGCCUUACUUCCUACCUGUGACGGAGAAGGCUGACAUUCGUGAGGAUGACAACAUUGUCAUCAUUGAUGUUCCUGUUUCUACUUUCUCUGAUAGUGAUCCUGCAGCAAUCAUUCAUGACUUUGAAAAGGGAAUGACUGCUUACCUAGACAUGUUCCUGGGGACCUGCUAUCUGAUGCCCUUGAAUACCUCCAUUGUUAUGCCCCCAAAGAAUCUGGUGGAGCUCUUUGGCAAUCUUGCAAGGGGAAAAUAUUUGCUUCAUACUUUUGUGGUUCGUGAAGACCUGGUUGCUGUUGAAGAAAUUCGUGAUGUUAGUAAUCUAGGCACCUUUAUUUAUCAACUUUGCAAAAACAGAAAAUCCUUCCGCCUUCGACGGAGAGACCUCUUGCUAGGUUUCAAUGAGCGUGCCAUUGAUAAGUGCUGGAAGAUUAGACACUUCCCCAAUGAAUUUAUUGUUGAGACCAAAAUCUGUCAAGAAUGAGACAGCAGAUGAGAGUAUCUUUGGUGAUAAGAAGUUGGAGAUUUACAGUAUGACUUCAGUAUUAAAGAUGAGAUAUACAAUACCCAAAAUAUCUACUAAUGCAUGUGGUCUAUUGUUU